CGAUAUCAUGCGCAUUUGCCGGGGGCACCACUCACACGGUGCUAGCAGUGGACUCGCCUCUCCUGAGACAACAUUAAGCUGGAAAGAUGAAGAACGAGACGGUACAGUUCAUCAAUAACUUCUCAGCCUCUGCGAAUGGCCAGCCUUUGGUCACCCAUUCUCACGAUGGCGGUGGCGGCGCUUCGCACAGCCAUGGCCCAGGACUCGAGCACGGUCAUACCCACGAACAUCUCGAGCAUCCAGGCAGAUAUGCUGAGCGCGAUAUGCCCGAUUAUGCUUCGCGGAACUUUGAGGAACGUGGAUUCACGAUUGGUAUUGGCGGACCUGUCGGCUCAGGAAAGACAGCCCUGACCCUUGCUCUGUGCAAGCGGCUGCGGCAGAGUUACAACAUCGCUACUGUCACGAACGACAUCUUCACUCGCGAAGAUCAGGAAUUUCUGAUCAAGAACAAGGCGCUUCCACCUUCGCGGAUCCUCGCCAUCGAGACCGGAGGAUGUCCUCACGCGGCGAUCCGUGAGGACAUCAGCGCAAACAUGGGCGCGCUCGAGACUCUGCAGGCCAAGUACAACUGCCAGAUGCUCUUCGUCGAGAGCGGCGGAGACAACUUGGCUGCUAACUACUCUCGAGAGCUUGCAGACUAUAUCAUCUACGUGAUCGAUGUCUCCGGAGGAGACAAGAUCCCACGCAAGGGAGGACCGGGGAUAUCUCAGUCAGACCUUCUCGUGAUUAACAAGAUCGAUCUUGCGCCGUUCGUCAACGCAUCUCUCGAAGUCAUGGAUCGUGACUCAAAACUGAUGAGAGGAGAUGGGCCUACCGUGUUCACCAGCAUCAAGGAAGAAAAAGGCAUAGACGAUGUCGUCGGUCUGAUUAUGGCCGCUUGGAGGGCCGCAGGCAGCCCCGGCACUCCUGGCUCGGUCGGCGAUAUAUGACAGUCGACCGCCGGUGUCGUAUCUGUAUUUAUGGGUUAAGAUAACGCAGGUGCUCUAGACAUUGUCAUUGUCUUAUGUCUUCAUUUUGUUGUGAUGAAUGGGAAUGAACUAGCUGAGAAUUCCU